CAAAACGAGACCGAUAGUCGAUGAAUGUCUACAAUAAUACGGCGUAUACGUGAUAGGGUAUACGAUAUGUAUCUAUGCGUGUUUUACAAUAUGUCUAGAACAGUUCGUUUACGAAUUCCUGUAAACUCCUACAGACUCGGUACCCGCGCCUACCUAGAUAUUGUAAUCUGUAUGAAUAGGCAUAUUUGAAAAAAAAAAACCCCAGUAAACCAAAUUAAGCCGUACGGUUUAGUGCGUGGUUAUUGUACGAUCCCGUUGCAAUUAACCAAUUUUCCGGCUAUAUACGUAGAUGUUAUUAUGACCGGCUUCUGCACAUUAUUCCGCGUCGAUAAUAAUUACACAGUAUAAUAUAGUGUCUGUUUUUUUUUUUUUUUUAAAUUUUAAAACGAGCGUUCGGAGUGUUUAUACGUUUUAUUGAUACGUUUCGCAUAUGCUGCGUGGUGUGCGUGUGCGAGUGCGCGUGUGUGUGUGUGUGCAGUGCGCUCAUCGGUAUAGAACAUUGACUCACAAAUUUUCAGACGUUUUUAAAUAAUAUGGAGAUCCGUGUAAAGCAGACGGAAAACAACGAAGUUCGCGAUUGGGAAUCUUUUCAGAAACGUAACUUGAUAUUAUAACAUAACAUUUUCAUAAAUUGUACGUGAUUUACACGGUCAUAGCAUGCAUAAUGUUUAAAACGAGCUGAUGCUGCUGUUGUAACUUAUAGGUGAGAAGUCGGGACGGUAGGAUACACAAAGUUGUUUAAUUUAUAUCGGUAAGCAACGAUAAACCACUGUUAAUGGAAAACGAGCGAAGUUCGGUUACACACAGUGUUUUUAAAAGGCCGUAAUAUUUACGAUUUUCGUUAAAAUUUGAUCUCGAACAAACAACAAUAUAAACGAAUAACUACUGCAUUACGAUUUACUUUCUAUUUUUUUUUCUCACCACUAUAAGUACAACAUGCAAAGAACCAUUCGUUAAAUUUCCAAGCGUUUCUGUUUAGUCAAAAAAUGUUAUCCGCACACAGUACCUAUCAGAGAAAGGUUAAAUGUAAAAUACCGAUAAAUAACUGAAAAACUAUUAUCAAAACGUUACCGCGUCUAGGAAAGGCGAACAUACGUUUUCCGUCUUCAUUGAGGUUUCAUUUUUUAAAACCUCACCAAUAUGCAGCUAACACGUCACGCAGUAAAAGAGUUUAUGUCGUCAUAACUAAAUGUUAUCCUGAAUGUCCUAACUUUCGGUCAACAGUGGAUUUCUACAUUCACAUUUUUCGUGUAAUCGAAUCUGUUAAUUAUUUCCAGGUGCCCCGACGGUCGGCGUACGCCAUCUGCAGAGCCUUCUGUUGUUCAUGUGCGUGAUGUGCAGCUUCAUGCACAGGGUCGAUCUGUCUAUGACCAUAGUGGCUAUGAAUCCGGAGAACAACUCGUCUGACUACCGUAGGGAGAUGGCCGAACACAUACCUGUGUUCCGGUGGCCGUUGCCCACCCGGUCGGCGCUGCUCAGCUCGUUCUUUGUUGGCGACUUGCUGACCAACGUGCCCGGGGCCCUGAUGGCCCACCGUUUCCAGAAGAAAACGUUGCUCGCCUGGACUACGGCGGCUUCGUCCGUGCUGGCCACGAUCAGCCCGCCCGUCGUCAUCCAGUUCGGCGUGCCCGCCUUGAUGGCCAUCCGUUUCGUUCAGGGCACCUGCGCCGGGUUCUUGUUUCCCAUCAUACACGACGUGAUGGUCCAGUGGUCGCCGCCAGACGAACGCUGCCGUCUGGCCGGGUUCACGUUUGUCGGCAUACCGUUCGGCACCAUGAUCACGCUGUACGUCGCCGGCGUUCUGUGCGAAGGUCCGCUCGGCUGGACUACCGUAUAUUACCUGGCCGGGGGCGUCGGCCUCGUGUGGACAGUCGCGUGGCUAUUGUUGGGCGGCGAUAAGCUGUCCGAGCACCGGUUCAUCGGCCAGCCAGAGAGGGAUUACAUAGAGGCGUCGCUCCGAGACACCGUCAGUCACGACAAUGAUACAAAGGUAUUACCCAUUCCUGUUAGUACUGUCGUUGAGUGGACAGUAUUGAUGGACAGCCCGAGCGUUUCCAAUAUUUAGCUACCGCUCGCAUGUCGGCAGUCGGUGUAGUAGACGGAGCGUAGCCAAAUGUCCCUACAUAAAUCACGAGUCCGUAGUAUAUAAGUAAACGGGUUGAAAAAUCGUUGUAAAAGUUCGCGUGUUUAGGUCCAGCGGCGAACGGAGACCGGCGGAAUGUUCGCUCGGUCGCACCUGUACUAAAUUCGGAUAAAAAAAAAAAAUAACGGAAAAAUAAAAACCUUAUUGAUUUGUACGUGUAGGUGUCGGAUAUUCCGUGGAAAUCGAUAUUCACGUCUCUGCCGUUCUGGGCUACGUCCGUAGUGCACACCGGCCACAAUUUCGGUUUCUGGUUGAUGUUGAUCGAGAUGCCAACGUACAUACACGAGGUGCUCGAGUUUGAUCUCGAGGACGACGGGAUGCUGUCCGCGGCCCCGUAUGUGGCCAUGACCCUGUUGCAUUUUCCCGUCUCGUACGUGGCCGAUUCGAUGAACAAGCGGCAGAUGACCACGAUCACCACGUCCAGGAAGGUUUGGAACACGGUGGGCUUGUGGGGUAGCUCUGCCGGUCUAAUCGCGCUCGGUUACGCCGAGGACAGGAUACUGACCAUUGUGCUCUACGUGUUCACCGUGACCAUAUUGUGCGCGUCCAAUUCCGGUUUCAAAAUAAACCACUUGGACCUGUCUCCCAACUACGCCGGUCUGCUCAUAGGGCUCACCAACACGUUCGCCUCGGGCGCGGGUCUCUUGGCGCCCCUGUAUGUUGGAUAUGUCAUCACAGACCAGGUAAACGCAUGGUUUGUGUUCCGCAGCGUUUAAAAAUAAAACGAUUGUUUUUUCAACCGCAGACUUCUGUCGUGCAAUGGCGGACGGUAUUUAUCAGCGGAGCGGUGGUGAUGUUCGCGAGCAAUUUGUUCUUCGUCGUAUACGGUUCGGCCAAAACUCAGGCUUGGAAUUCGUUAAACAACGGUGAGUGAACGGUGUCUAUAAUAUCUAAAAACUGUCCGAAUACAAUACGAACAACGGUUAAUUAAUCUAUGUGCAUUACUUGAAAGAUGGACCGUCUCUGUUUUAGAUUCUGAGCGGAACGAGGAAUCUAUAGGUUUUACGAUUUGGUUUACAUUGGUUUUUUUUUUUUUUCUGUUCACAACUUUUCUACCAGAAAUUUCGCUCUGAUUUUUAAGUGCAGCACUCUUUCUGAAAGGAAACUUGACCGGGAAGGUACAUACAAUAUGUAUAUGUUUUGAAAGGCCGUAGUUUACAAUUUUCAUAUAAAUUAAAUUUUAAAACUUUUAUGAUAAAAAAAAAAAAAAAAAACGACUAUAUUACACAUGCAACUUUUUUUUGAUCCCUAAGUACAACUCAUAAUGUAACUCCUGUUAAAUUUUUAAGUAUUUCUGUUUAGUCAUAACUAUUUUAACGUAAAACCAGCUACACUAAAGAAAAACUACGUAAAAAAAAAAAAUUAGAAAAUGUUAAAUGUCUGUAUAAAUAGCUCAAAAAUAUUUUUAAAUUUUUCCAUGUGUAGAAAAACCCAAUAUGAGUUUGUUGUCAAAAUGUCAAGUGUCCAUGAAUAUUUUCAAUGUAGUUUACAACAAAAAAAUAAAAUUGAAAAUAUUGCAGCUAUUACUUCCGUAAAUUUUCCUCAAUUAUUAUAAAAAUGCACAGAAAAAAAAAAUGACUUAGUUAGUCACCAAAUAGAUUACAAAUUCAACAAAAAAGGUCUCUUAUCGUUUCUUGAACGGUGCAAGUUUUCUCUUCGAUAAAUUGUUUAUAGACAGAAAAAAAAAUCACACAUCAUGGUAAAACAAAUUAUAGAUCCCUCGUUCCACUCUAAAUCUAAUAUGAAUGUUUGUCGUAGACAAUUCAUGUACAUUUUGUUAGUAAAUCCUAUUUUUUUUUCACGGCUUCACCUUCACGGUUCUUUAAAUCUAACCAAUAUAUUCUAUAAUUUAGAGUACUAGCAGGAUAAAAUCCCUCGGGGAGCAAAAUGGGGAAAACGUUUUAUUCCAGAAAUAUUUUUUUUUUUUUUUUUUAUAUGGUAAAAUGGUAUAUGUGAUAAAAGUACAUACAGUUAAAAAUCUCAGGGAAAGCCAGGCCCAUCGUAUGAUUUUUUCUGUUCUAAAGCGAACAUUUUGAUGCCGAUCUUCUUUGACGAUUAUUAAUUUUAUUUUGCUGCUUCGAUUUGAUUAAAAUUGUAUGCCACCCUAAAGCAACGCAUGGCUUGCUUGUACCCUAGCGACGAGCCUGGGGGAGGCAACAGCUUCUUUCCCCUAUCUUCUAUGUUCGCCCUUGUAUACAAAAUUAGGCCCCCAGAUUGAGAUGACCAGUGAUAGGCAAAUAUGAUUGGCUUAAAAUUGUACCCCCGGUAAAAUGUAUAAGAGGAUAAAAUCCCCUGUUGCAUUUUCAAUUAAAUGUAAAUUGUCUAUUACAUUUUUCAAUAUAAUCAUUAUGAUUUCGUUUUUUUUUUUUUCAGACAAACCAAAUAUGGAUAAAACUAAACAAGAGAUUGAGAUAUUUUAAAACUGACGUGACAAAAUAUUUGUUGCGUAAUAUAAUAGCCACUUUUAUGAAUGUGCAUUAUAUACGUAAGUGCAAUCGAUACUUUUGAAAAUUUAAAUCAUUUCAACAGUCCAAAAAAAUGUGUAAUGGAGUUUGAAGUUUAAACUCGUUGUUGGGGGCAGAUCGGUAUUUUAGAUUAAAAUUAGAACGAUCGCCAAUUUUUAUUUUACUUAUUCAUCUAUAAAUAUUAUAUAUUAAAAUCGC